AGAAGAAUGACAGAUGAACGAAGUGUUGAGUGUCUCCAGUCCAGCAGGAGGCGCUCUGCAGCUCUUUAGUCCGCCGAUAAACCCACUAAAGAAAGAAAGAAAGAGCUCGCGUUAGAUGUAUUUGUGUAUCCUCAGUGUUUUUCUCUCUUGAGUGUUUUAUUGAGUGUAAACAGAGUCUUGUCUCUGUGUAUUUUAGUGUUGAUGAUGAGAGAUGAGAUGUGCUGUAAAUCAGUAGGAACUGAUCUGUCCAUGCUGGAUAUUGAUGAUUUCAUCACAGAAAUCUCUCAGCUGAAGAAAGAGGUGGCGUUACUGGAGACAAAGCUGAGGUUAAGAGGAGAUGAAGGACUGAAGAGAGAGGACUCCGAGCUCAGUCUGACUUUACUCUGUUAUACUGAGUCAAAGCCCACAGACGCUCAGGACACUACAGUGUGUGACAGUAAUCAGGGCUUACAGGAUGAGGAAUCUACUGAUCAAACCUCCACAGAGUCUCUGGAUUCUGUCUGGAACGCUGGAGAACAGCAGCAGAUCCUGCAGACCAAACUCAAGAUGUGUUCAGUCAAACUCAUCGACUGCAAGAACCUCAUGAAGACGAUCAAAACUGAACCUACAGAAAUAAAAACUGAACCCACAGAAAUAAAAUCUGAACCAACAGAAAUAAAAACUGAACCUACAGAAGAUGAUUAUGAAGACAAUCAUGAUGAUCAUGAUUUUAUUCCGCCAGAUGCAAAGACUAAAUUAUGUUUGGAUGGAGAAAUAACGUCCUUAACAUCAAAAGAGCGACUGACAGCACUUUCGUGCAUCACCAGUGGAGAGACUUUCAGCUCAAAGAGACAUUUAGAGAGAAAACAUACAGAACAGAAGCAUCAUCUGAAGAAAAUCACCAAUGAGAGACCGUAUCAGUGCAGUGAAAGUGGAAAAACCUUUAGGGAUUCGUUCUCUUUAAAGUCACACCAAACACUACCCACUGAAGAGAAACCCUUUCAAUGUUCACACUGUGAUAAACAUUUCCAUCAGAAAUCUCAUCUGAUAAUCCAUGAGAGAAUUCACACUGGAGAGAAACCUUACGUCUGUAGUGUUUGUGGGAAGAGUUUUAAUCAACGUCACCAUUUAGUUUCACAUCAGAGAACUCAUACAGGUGAAAAACCUUACAAAUGCUCUCAUUGUGAUAAGAUGUUUACUCAAGCAGGCCACUUAAAAGUCCAUGAGAGAGUUCACACUGGAGAGAAACUUCAUCACUGUAGUGUUUGUGGGAAGAGUUUUCGGCAACGUGAACAUUUAGUGAGACACCAGAGAAUUCAUACAGGUGAAAAACCUUACAAAUGCUCUCAGUGUGAGAAGACGUUUACUGAGUCACGUUCCUUAAAAGUCCAUGAGAGAGUUCACACCGGAGAGAAACCAUACCACUGCUCUCACUGUGGUAAGAGCUUCUCUGAUCCAUCUCAAUUCAGAGUCCAUCAGAGACUUCACACUGGAGAAAAACCUUACGUCUGCUCUCACUGUGGUAAGAGCUUCUCUGAUAAAUCUCAUUUCAGUGUCCAUCAGAGACUUCAUACUGGAGAAAAACCUUACCACUGCUCUCACUGUGGUAAGAGCUUUUCUGAUCCUUCUCAAUUCAGUGUCCAUCAGAGAGUUCACACUGGAGAGAAGCCUUUUCAGUGUACUCUUUGCAGGAAGAGUUUUAGUCAAAAGUCAAACUUUCUAAAGCACCAGAGAAUUCAUACAGGAGAAAGACCUUACAAAUGCUCUCAGUGUGGUAAAAUGUUUUCUCAAGCAGGCCACUUAAAAGUCCAUGAGAGAAUUCACACAGGAGAGAAACCUUAUCUCUGUAGUGUUUGUGGGAAGAGUUUUAAUCAUCGUCUCAAUUUAGUUUCACAUCAGAGAACUCAUACAGGUGAAAAACCUUACAAGUGCUCUCAAUGUGGGAAGAAGUUUGCUCAUUCAUCUUUCUUAAAAGUCCACGAGAGAAUUCACACUGGAGAGAAACCUCAUCACUGUAAUGUUUGUGGGAAGAGUUUUAGUCAACGUGAACAUUUAGUGAAACACCAGAGAACUCACAAAGGUGAAAAACCUUACAAAUGCUCUCAGUGUGAGAAGACGUUUACUGAGUCACGUUCCUUAAAAAUCCAUGAGAGAAUUCACACUGGAGAGAAACCUUACGCCUGCUCUCAGUGUGGAAAGAGCUUCUCUGAUCCAUCUCAUGUCCGAGUUCAUCAGAGAGUUCACACUGGAGAGAAACCUCAUCACUGUAGUGUUUGUCUGAAGAGUUUUAGUCAACGUGAACAUUUAGUGAAACACCAGAGAACUCAUACGGGUGAAAAACCUUACAAAUGCUCUCAGUGUGAGAAGACGUUUACUGAGUCACGUUCCUUAAAAAUCCAUGAGAGAGUUCACACUGGAGAGAAACCUUACAUGUGCUCUCAUUGUGGAAAGAGCUUCUCUGAUCCAUCUCAAUUCACUGUUCAUCAGAGAGUUCACACUGGAGAGAAACCUUACGUCUGCUCUCACUGUGGAAAGAGCUUCUCUGAUCCAUCUUAUUUUAGAGUGCAUCAAAAAAUUCACACUAGAGAGAAGCCUUAUCACUGUGAUGUUUGUGGUAAAAGUUUUAAUCUACGUGAUUAUUUAGUGUCACAUCAGAGAACUCAUACAGGUGAAAAACCUUAUAUCUGCUUGAUCUGUGAAAAGAGAUUUUCUCAUUCUGGAAGUCUUCAGAAGCAUCAGAAGAAACAUACUGAACAACAAACUACACUGAAAUGUGUAUCCUCAGUGUUUUUCUCUCGUGAGUGUAAACAGAGUCUUGUCUCUGUGUAUUUUAGUGUUGAUGAUGAGAUGGAUGUGAUGUGCUGUAAAUCAGGAACUGAUCAGGGUUUACAGGAUGAGGAAUCUACUGAUCAAACCUCCACAGAGUCUCUGGAUUCUGUCUGUAACGCUGGAGAACAGCAGCAGAUCCUGCAGACCAAACUCAAGAUGUGUUCAGUCAAACUCAUCGACUUCAGGAACCUCAUGAGGAAGAUAAAAACUGAACCGAUAGAAGUAAAAACUGAACCGACAGCAGAUGUAUUUAAGGAUAAUCAUGAUGAUGUUCAUGAUUUUAUUCUGUCCGAUGUAAGGAGUGAAUUAUGUUUGGAUGAAGAAAUAACGUCCUCGACUCUUUCCUGUAUCGCCGGUGGAGAGACAUUGAGCUCACAGAGGCAUUUAGAGAGAAAACACACAGAACAGAAACAUCAUCUGAAGAAAAUCACCAAUGAGAGACCGUAUCAGUGCCGUCAAUGUGGAAAAACCUUUAGGCAUGCAAAGUUAUUAAAAUCACACCAGAAUAUUCACUCUGAAGAGAAACGCUAUCAAUGUUCACACUGUAAUAAACGUUUUCGUCAUAAAUCUCAUCUGAUAGUCCAUGAGAGAAUUCACACUGGAGAGAAACCUUACCAAUGCUCGAUCUGUGGAAAGAGCUUCUCUCAUUUAAGAUAUGUUGGAGUUCAUAUGAGAGUUCAUACGGGAGAGAAACCUUAUGACUGUAAUGUUUGUGGGAAGAGUUUUGGACAACAGGCUACCUUUAUAAAGCACCAGAGAACUCAUACAGGAGAAAAACCUUACAAAUGCUCUCUGUGUGAGAAGAUGUUUGCUUAUUCAGAUUCCUUAAAAGCCCAUCUGAGAGUUCACACUGGAGAGAAACCUUACAUCUGCUCUCAAUGUGGAAAGAGCUUCACUAAUUUAAGUUCUAUUAGAGUCCAUGAGAGAAUUCACACUGGAGAGAAACCUCAUCACUGUAAUGUCUGUGGGAAGAGUUUUAAUCAACAUCAACAUUUAGUGAAUCACCAGAGAACUCAUACAGGUGAAAGACCUUACAAAUGCUCUCAGUGUGAGAAGACGUUUGCUCAGUCAAGUAUCUUAAAAGUCCAUGAGAGAGUUCAUACAGGAGAGAAACCUUACGUCUGCUCUCACUGUGGAAAGAGCUUCUCUGAUUCUAGAAGUAUUCAGAAUCAUCAGAAGAAACAUACUGAAGAACAAACUACACUGAAAUCAUCAUAUCCCACAAAGUGGCAAUUUAAAAAUGCUUAUGAAUCUUCUCUCUCCAGUACAGCAGGAGGCGCUCUGCAGCUCUUUAGUCCGCCAAUAAACCCACUAAAGAAAGAAAGAAAGAAAAAGCUUGCCUGUGAUGUGUUUGUGUAUCCUCAGUGUUUUUCUCUCUUGAGUGUUUUAUUGAGUGUAAACAGAGACUUGUCUCUGUGUAUUUUAGUGUUGAUGAUGGAUGUGAUGUGCUGUAAAUCAGUAGGAACUGAUCUGUCCAUGCUGGAUAUUGAUGAUUUCAUCACAGAAAUCUCUCAGCUGAAGAAAGAGGUGGCGUUACUGGAGACAAAGCUGAGGUUAAGAGGAGAUGAAGGACUGAAGAGAGAGGACUCCGAGCUCAGUCUGACUUUACUCUGUUAUACUGAGUCAAAGCCCACAGACGCUCAGGACACUACAGUGUGUGACAGUAAUCAGGGCUUACAGGAUGAGGAAUCUACUGAUCAAACCUCCACAGAGUCUCUGGAUUCUGUCUGGAACGCUGGAGAACAGCAGCAGAUCCUGCAGACCAAACCUAAGAUGUGUUCAGUCAAUCUGGAGGACUGCAGGAACCUCAUGAUGGACAUCAAAACUGAACAUACAGCAGAUGAAUAUGAAGACAAACACAAUGAUGGUCAUGAUUUUAUCCAUUCAGAUGUGAAGAGUGAAUUAUGUUUGGAUGGAGAAAUAACAUCGACUCUUUCCUGCAUCACCGGUGGAGAGACAUUGAGCUCAAAGAGACAUUUAGAGAGACAACACACAGAACAAAAACACUUCACCCACCCCAGAUCUGAGAUCAGCUUACAAGAGAAGAAACUUCAUUCAGAAGAGCACAGAGACAAAAAGAAGAAAUUUCACUGUCAACAUUGUGGGAAGAAUUUUGACUUUUUAUGUCAGCUGAACAUUCACAUGAGGACACACAGUGAUAAAAAGCCUUUCUACUGCACUGAAUGUGGCUAUUACUUCGUCACCAAAGGAACUCUUGAUGUUCAUCAGAGAAUUCACACAGGAGAAAAACCAUACGAGUGUCCUCACUGUGAGAAGAGAUUCAGCCACAAACCUUAUCUGAAGAAACAUAUGCUUAUACACACCAAUGAGAGACCGUAUCAGUGCAGUCAAUGUGGAAAAACCUUUAGGAAUUCAAGGUUAUUAAAAUCACACCAGAAUAUUCACUCUGAAGAGAAACUAUUUCAAUGUUCACACUGUGAUAAACGUUUUUGUCAUAAAUCUAGUCUUAUAAUCCAUGAGAGAGUUCACACUGGAGAGAAACCUCAUCACUGUAGUGUUUGUGGGAAGAGUUUUAACCAACGUGUCAGUUUAGUAAAACACCAGAGAAUUCACACAGGAGAAAAACCUUACAAAUGCUCUCAGUGUAAGAAGAUGUUUGCUCAAGCAGGCAACUUAAAGGCCCAUCAGAGAAUUCAUACUGGAGAGAAACCUCAUCACUGUAAUGUUUGUGGAAAAAAUUUUAAUCAAAAUGAACAUUUAGUGAGACACCAGAGAACUCAUACAGGUGAAAAACCUUACAAAUGCUCUCAGUGUGAGAAGAUGUUUGCUCAUUCAGCUUCCUUAAAAGCCCAUCAGAGACUUCAUACAGGUGAAAAACCUUACGUCUGCUCUCAUUGUGGAAAGAGCUUCUCUGAUCCAUCUAGUUUUAGAGUUCAUCAAAGAGUUCACACUGGAGAGAAACCUCAUCACUGAAGUGUUUGCUAGCUUUCUAAAGCACGAGAGAACUCAUACAGGUGAAAGACCUUACAAAAGAUCUCAGUGUGAGAAGUCAAGUAAUUAAAAGUCCAUGAGAGAGUUCAAACAGGAGAGAACCUUUAUGUCUGCACGAUCUGUGGAGAGAGAUUCUUAUUCUGGAAGUCUUCAGCAUCAUCAGAAGAAACACGCUAAAGAAUGAAGUACACUGAAAUCAUUGUAGUGUUUGUCUUGACACACUGGUUGUGUGUAUGCAAUGAGAAUAUUUGAUUCGAUAAUGUACUACAACAAAAACAAUUUAUUUCUAUAAAUUAAUUUACAUUGACCUCGGUUAUUUGUGGUGCCAAAAAGCAAAGAUAAUAAUAAUUUGAAUUAUUUGGUAUUGUUGACAUUUCUUAUGAUUGAUUAAUGUGCUUUAUUAGUUGAAUUGAUUUUUGAAUGAUCAUGUUGUUUACCUGGCUAAU